AUGGAGCCGCAACCUCGUCGAGUUCCUCCGUCAGCCCAUUCGCGAUAUUCAUCCUCGUCGUCCUCGCUCGGAGCACCCGAAUCUUCCCCCGCCAUCGACACACAGCAGCAGUACCAGCAUGAGCCGUCGCCUUCGCUUCGAAGACGCUCCUCCGAGCGCCCAGAGUCGUCCACUCCGAUGACCCAGCUGACCAAGCUCGACGGAGUCAUCUAUCACUUUUACACCACCACCGCUAACCUCAUCAUCCAGUCUCGUCUGGCGCAUCUUCGCUCCUCCCUCCUUGCUGCCUCUUCCCCCGAAGGCGCUGCUCCUGCGCAGCAGAGCCACACUCCACACACAAAGCUCUCGAAAUGGUUUGACCUUCACAUCCCUGAUACAGAUCUGUUCAAGGAUGAGCUGCGGCUCUGGCGCUCCGUCACUUCCCUGUUGGGUCUCGAAACUGGCAACGUCGACCCACCCCUUUCACCAUCAGCUGUGCCUGAUCUCAUCAUCGAUGUAGUGCUCGAUCUGUCUAACGUCUCGGACCGACACGAGAUCCUUCUGAUGACUAGAGCCUUCUCCGCUUCAUCUUCUCGAGCUUCCGACGCCAACACCAGUCGAGUCUGCAUCGACGGGCGGAUACCCGGCGAAGCUCCAUCUUCAGCGACAUCUUCUGUACGGCCUCACAGGAUCGUGCUCGAACGCUGGCAACUGCGUUUCGAUCCCAGCCAGCCCUCGGCGCCGCCAGAUCUGUCCACGUUCUACAAACGCUCAGUCGUCCAUUUCCGUGCUCUCUUCGAUCUCCUCAGCUCUUUGCCGUCGAAUCGCCUCGCCGCCAAGAUCGAAUCGCUCAAAGCUGCACCACAGAGUCGCAGCGACUCGAUACAGCCAUCUCAUCCCUCUCUUUCCGCUCGGGAGGACAUCGGCACUUACGAUGCAGAGAUGAAUCUGGGCUGUAGGCUUAGCAUGACUUUGGACCCGAGAGAGGCCCAAGCAGAUCCGAACGAGAUCGACGUCCAGAUCCCGCUUCCAGUCGAACAACUAUCGACACCGUCUCACAACGCGGGGACAACCGAAUCCGGCGUCGAUGGCAGCAGUGUGCAUGGCCAUUAUGCCACUCGCACCUUGACUCCUAUCGCCACGCCUAUCGGUCACCUCGAGCUUUCCGUCACGUAUCGCAGGCUGACUGGUUACUUGAUCGAGGACACGGACAGCCUCCGCGCCGCCAACGACCUCAAGGUGGAUCUGGACGAAGAUUACUUCAGAGCGCCGCACAGGGAAGUCGCUGCCGUAGCAACCCAGCCCGAACCUCUACCAGAUGCAAGUAGCGACGCUACACGAGAUCCCGUCUCGGGCCAUCCCAUGCCAUUGGUGACGAGUCCCGGCCAGCAACGCAUUGGCGGCAUCUCGGCAGCGCGCCCGGCGAUCCUAGGAUCUCAAAAGAGCUCACCAGAUACUGCGACAGGCUCCGAGGCUCUCACAUCGCAGUCACCCGGCAAUGCGAGUGUGUUCAGCACAAGCGCACCAGGGCGACAUUCUGCCGGCCUGUCCAGUCUUAGGAGGACCGGCUCGACAAAGAGCAAUGUGUCAAUAAUUGGUACCACCAACCCGUCCGGAGCGCCUUCCAGGCCCGUGCUGGCUGCUGCCCUUAGUACCGAGCCUGCGUUCGUGGUGCCGGGCGCUGUGCGUCGAUCGAGCACCAGUGAAAGACGGCUUCGAACGCUCAGUGGUCUUUCGAGUGGACGACCGAGUCCGCCAGUGUCUCCAGCUGCUGCCUCUUUCGACCUUCCAGAAGCUGGGACAAGUCAGCCUAGAAGCGUUUCGUCAGGCGCGUUCUCGACAAGCGGCACAGGCCGAUCCAUCUCGACUCGAACAACGAGUGGAUUUGCUGGUUCUGCUACGGGCAACAUGGGACCGCCUUCCUCAACCCAGCCACGGCCCAGCGUCUCGUUUAGCCCUUCGUCGCCGUCGCCUCUUGCACAGCAGAUGUCACUGCAGGGCAUGAGAACCGGCGGUGGCUUUGGCUUGGCGCCAAUAGGCAAUCAGUCGACGUCGUCCUUCCGCAGCGUAUCUAGCUCGAGUCUGCGCUCGUCUGUCUCCAAUACCGGCGGCCUGGCUGGCCCAAGCCUUCGCAGUGUCUUUCAAAACUACGUGCCGCGCUCGCAAAAUGUGUCCAUCGCUUCCAUCUCGAGGACCCCUCCCACCUCUACGAGCGCCCUUGGCCAGGGUAGCUAUUCGCCGUCCAUCCUGGGCACCGGGAUGAGGAAUUCAAGCAUCCGAAGAAAUUCGAGCACCAGCGAUGCCGGGUCUGGCUCUGCGUUUGGCGCCAGCGUCUCGUCUUCUUCAGCUGCUCAGCCGCAGAUGAUCAAACGGUACAGCACCAACUUUUCGUAUCGCCAGAAUCGUGACAGAAGCGGCGUAUACGGCAGCAGCCUUGGCUCGGAGGGAUCUGGCUCCCUAGGUGCUGGGGCCGAGCCAUCGAGCUAUCCACGCUUCGGAGGGGCUGGUGGAAGCCUCAGUUCGGCAUACGGGCGCAGCUGGAUCUCGAGGAUGGAGCAGCGACAGGGAUUGGGAUCAGGUGGAGCGUUUGCCAGGACUGCGAGUCUCGAGGAUGCAACAGCUGCAGCAUCAGCUUCGUCCGCAUCAAGAUACAGGACGAUCUCUGGCGCAAGUGCCAGCCAUCUGGUCGGCGGUGGUGGUUUUACACCGAGUCCGAAGAGUCACGAGGACGACAUGGACGAUCUGGCGCGGCUGUUGGAAAGCAGACCAGCGUUUGGCGCUUCAUCGCUGGGCAAGCUGUCUAGCCUCAGAAACGAACGCCGUAACGCCCCAGGCCUCAGCAGCACGCCCGAAGAAGGGGCACAUCCGCGUGCCGCUGAUGCUUUGGCAGAUUCGGUGCAGUCCAAUCCAGGCCAGGAUCGACGCUCGCCACUGUCUGGGAGUGGUCUGCGCUCAGGCGGUCUACGUACGACGAACCCCUUGUCGCGCAGCCAGCUCGAUGAUCUGCUCAAUCGCAUGGCCGAGUCGGUCGGCAUCGUUGGCUCCAAGGAGUCGGGUUCGGGUACAAGCGGCGAGAAUGUGUCGGACGUGGCGACGCCGGGCGAGGUGAAGACUCCGAUCGUGCCAGCUGCUGGAUCACGCCCACUCACACCUGCACAGAUCGCGGCGACACUAGGCAAAGGGCGAGGGACCGCUGGCAAGGAGGCGGAAGGCGUGGCCGAGACUCACAUCAGUCGGGUCUCCAGUCCUGGGGCGUUCGCAAGCGUUCUGCCUGGCGAAACAGGUUUCAGACCACGCAGUGCGAUCGGGCAACAGGUUCGGGCGUACGGCACCAUCGCAGCAGCACACACUGGCAGCAACUUGUUGCCUGCCGCGCAGGACGAGAGGAAUCUGACCGAUGCUGGAGUUCAAGCAUCGCCUUCGACGGCCGCAGUGCAGCCAGCUCAUCCGGACUACGAAGCGGAAGGAGAUCUCAUGUUCAAGGUGGAUGGUCAACAGGACUACAACCCGGAAGACGAGCUGCCUGGUGAGAUGGAGAUGGUGCCAGAAGGCGGCGGAGGCGCUGCAGUACCGCGGUCAUCGGAGACGGCUCUGACGUCCUUCGCUGGGGGCGUGGAGGGCGGGAUGGGAGCCACCCUCCCCGUCGGAGCUCAUCGAGAAGGGCGAGCUCAUGACUGGCACGCCACCGAUCGCUGGGAGCGCCAACGUGCUCAGGAGGCAGAACGUCGUCGCGCUGACGCAGAAAUGUCGCGCAACUUUGGCCAGGAGGUUGGAGCCAGCACUCGCGGAAGAGGCUCCCACAGCCCGUGGCGCAGCUCGUCGUCAAACAUGGCACAAGCAAUGGGCGCAGCUGGGUCUGCAGCCAACGCAGCAGCAGCGGGGCCAGUGGGGUUCAGGUCAAGCUCGACACGCCCGCUCGGCGGUGGCGCAAGCAGGUUGAGCGGUGUCGCUACGGGUCUGGCAGGCUCAAGCCCCAGCGGCACCGGUGAUGCAAGGAGAGGGUACGGGGUCAGCGCGCCCUCGGCACAGUUUCACUACCAGCCGAGACCCACAAGGCCCGGCGCUCAGUCGUUCCCUGUUUCGAGAGACGAGCUGUUCGACGACGAGGUCGAGGAAGAUGACGAGUGA